AUGGAGAGGUCCCCAACUAGGACGCACGAGAGGGUCAGCACUGAUGUUGUCAAAGGGAAACUUAACCUCAUUGAUUUGGCUGGUAGCGAAGACAACAGAAGGACUUUGAAUGAGGGCAUCCACCUUCAAGAAAGCUCCAAGAUCAACCUGUCAUUGUUUACAUUGUCCAAUGUAUUUUCAGCUCUAAACAAGAAUGAGCACCGAAUUCCCUACAGAGAGAGUAAACUGACCCGCAUACUUCAAGAUUCUCUAGGAGGCAGUAGCCGUGCUGUGAUGAUAGCUUGCCUGAAUCCUGCAGAAUACCAGGAGUCAGCCAAGACAGUAAGUCUGGCUGCUCGUCCAUGCCAUAUUGAGACUUUCACCAGUUCAAGCAAGAAAGAAACUCCCAAGGUCAAGGUUGACAUGGAAGCCAAAUUACGAGCAUGGUUGGAGUCAAAGGGGAAAACAAAGAGCAUCCAAAGAAUGGAUGGUCUUCUCUCCCCAAUUGCCAGCAAGACUCCAUUGUCUAUGAGCCAUAUGAAGCAUCCAACAUCUUCCAGAAUUUCUUGUAUAGCUAAGGCAAUGGAUCAGGAUGGUGGUAAAAUCAAGAAGAUGCUUUUUAAUCCAGAAGUCCAUGUUCCCACUGAAAAUAUACCACGAGAUCACAGGCAGACAGAAGUAAAUACACCAAAGAAAGUGGUGCUUCCUUCAGUUACUCAAUGCUAUGAAAAACAUGAAGCUUCUCUCAGGAAAUCUCUUUCUCCAAUUUCUUCAAACAUGGUGCCUGUGAAGCAGCAAAUAUCUGAUAAUGGCAAUUGCCCCAUUUUAUUGGAGCCCCAAACUCCAAUAGAAACACAUAACAUAGUCAAGGAGACUCCUGGUGCAACACCACUAGAGAGACUUAAUGCGCUACAGUCUAACUUAAAGGAAACUCUUGUUCAGCAGUACCUUGAAGUUUUAAAUGUUGCAGACAAGGAAGAGCUACAGCAGCUGAAAGGAAUUGGCCCAAAGAGAGCAGAAUAUAUUCUGGAAUUACGGGAGGACUCACCAAGACCGUUCAAAACUCUUGCAGAUCUGGAACACAUCGGCCUCUCAUCAAAGCAGAUCCAAGACAUCCAAAAGAAGAUGGCGGCCACUGGGAUCUUCAAAUGA